AUGUCCACCAUAUAUACGAUUAACAAGGAUGAUAUUAUUCUAGCACUUUCUGCGCUAAUUUUGCCACCUCUGCCGGUCAUUUUGCGCCGCGGAGUGAAUUCCAAGGACUUCUGGAUUAACUUAUUACUAUGUCUCCUAUUUGGGUUCCCUGGUCUCCUACACGCUGUCUAUGUAGUUUAUCAAACAAGUUCUGAGCGCUCUGAAUACAUUCGUGUGGAUGAGAACUCAGAUCUAGAGGCCCAGCAGGGUCCAGUUCAGACAUCCGAAGCUUCAAAGUCCGUGCAACAGCCCGAAAUCCCACCUGCGUACAAUGAGGUUGCUCCAAAUGGAAGCGCGGCACAGGUCGCAACCGAUAACAAGAUUCAGCACUGA